AGGAGACGAUCGUGACGUCAUAAGGGACAGGUUUGUACUGGAGGACGGAGCUCGGUACAAGACGGAGACAAAGAGAUCGCACUAAUUCUGAUUUUACACGGUUUUAGCGUACAUAGCGGGAUAAAUUUUGCCAUGAGUAGGUGGUAUGGAGUCCUUCUGACCAUCUUAGUCGUGCUGCUGAACGAAGUGAGUUCAGCGGCUGAGUACUGCACCGGCUAUGGCCACUAUUGUGACCUUGAGUAUGAAUACUGCUGCGGAUAUACAUGCUGCCGAUAUAACUCGCCCGGAUAUGCCUAUAGUGUCUGGAACCUUUGGUACUUUUGGUUUGUGGUUAUCUUCGUGAUGAUGGCAUGCUGCGGCGGGUGUGGCUACUAUCGCCGGCGGCAACACCUCCUGCAGCAGUCCCGGAUGUCUUCAGGGGGCGCUAUUGUGUACGCGGGAGCCCUUCCCGGGGACCACAUGUCGUCACAGACACCACAGCAUGGAUUGUCACAGACACAGCUACCCGAGGCCGCCGCGCCUCCGCCAUACAGCGAGGUAACAACCAAGCCUGAUGUGUACCCCCUGGCGCCGGACAGCUUCCAGUACGGCCCCGCCUACCCCCCUCCGUACCCGGUGUACGGGGCCUCUCCGUACCCCCCUCCCUACACCCCCUCCACUGACGCAACCCCCAGGCCGGCCGACGCACCCGAAACCAACACCGCAGCUGCUGCAGGUGCCACACCUAUCCCCAGCAACCCAAAUAUGGACAGUUCCGCCACAGCUGUUGCCAUGCCAACCAGUGUUACCGCCGGCAACCCCAGUACUGUCGCCAUGCCAACCAUUGCUCCUGGCAACAGGGAAGAGCACAGGCACUGAUCGCGCCUCCCCACAAAAGUUAUAGCCAUACCUCCCACUCUACUACUUAAGUCACUGGUCAGAAAAAUGCUUCUGACAGACCAAGUUCUAUUGAAGUAGCGCGUCAUUGUAAAGACCAUGGAUUUGAGAAAGGCAAAGCAUCCUUGAUUUUUGUAAAUGUAAACAGAAAAAAGUGUCAUUUUCUUUCACGACACAAAACAUACCAUGAGAAGUUAGAUUUCAGAGCAAAAUUUUGGAAAAUGUUGAACGUAAAGUGAAUCAUGAAAUCUUAUAGAAGGGUAUUGCAUAGCAGGCUCUAGUAACUGAUAUAAGUGUGAAAAUACAUCAUAUUUUAUCCAAUGCUUUUAUUCUUCCAUUAUUUUUGCCCUAAGAUUAUAUCAGAGUCUGAUGAAUGAACGUUUACCUGUAAGACUGUAAUACUGAUGACAUUUGUGAUACAAAUGAAAAUUCUUUCAAAUUCAGAUACUGCAGUGAUUCUUUCCUUUGUGUUUUAUAAACCUUGCUGCACUGUUGGUAUAAUGAAAAUACUGUAAAGCCUGUCAGUGUUAAAGCUGCUGUGAUACCAGUGCACAUGAUUGUAGUUGUGAUAGAUGUUGCAAUAGUGCAGAUUCAUCAGCCUAAUAUAGUAAGUAGGCAGGUCCAGGUGAUGCCAUGAUUAUUGUUCAUUGAGAAAAGCUGUACAUAACUUAGCAACCGAUGUGGGUGCUCCUAUACUGUUGUAUAAGUCUGAGGAGCUUUCAUCAACGAGUCUUACUGCAAUUUUAUAUAAUUUUGUUGUUGUAUCUAGACUGAUAGAUAUCAGUAUCAUAUGUUUGUCAAAAGCUGUGAGCUGUAUCUGAUUAUUUUACAGAUUUAUAUUGUAGUUAUGUUGAUUUUAGGUUGCUUUUGUUGAUGGCAUGAGUCCCAGAUAUGCUGCAGGAGUUGUGAAAACAUAUUUUUCAAGAUGUGAUAAUUUUCAUAGACGUUACAUGAAAUUAUGAUGUCCUUUUGUAUGUUUAUUUACAUGGGGCAUAACUGUACAUAAAACAUUAAAGCUUUUAAAUGGAGAAAGAAA